UGUAUACACACCGUGCUUCACACACACGCGCUAUACACACGUGCUACACACACACGUAUACGCACGUGCUGCAUUCGCACGUGCUACAUUCACACGCGCCAUACGCACGUGCGCGCUGCGCGCUCUGAGUUGCGUGGGGGUGGGAUCUGCGCAGGUGGCGCAGGGAGAGGAGGAGGCGGCGGUGGUACCGGAGCGAUCGAGUCCGGCUGCUGGUGCCGCUAUUGGUGGUGGAGUUCUCCUUGGAGCCCGAGGCGGUAACGACGAAAGGAAUCCCCGUGUCUUAAGAAGCGUCCGAGAAGAGCGCUCUCAACCUGGUCACCCAUCUCCCGUCCCGUGCCACCCAUCUCCCCGCGUCAUCCCGUUCCUUCCCCUGGUCCCGUCUCUUCCCCAUCUCAUUCCCCCCCACCCCCUCUCUCGUUUCUUCACCCCGUCUCGCUCCGUCUCACUCUAAGUUGCGCGACUCCUCCCAGCGUCUCCCCUGCACAGCCGUGUGCCAUCUCGUUUCACUUUAGCUCACGUCGCACCCCGCUUCACCCUGGGGUCCCGUCGCUCGUCUCUCCCCCUGCCUCCCGCGUCUCCCCGGGUCUCCCCGUCUCCCCCAGCCCGUCUCACCAACGAUCAUUCUCGGUCUCGUCCCUUUCCGCGUCUCCCCGUCUCCCUCCAGCUUCCGACUUACCUCGUCUGCCCCCCGUCUCUCCCCGUCUCCCUCCAGCUUCCCGACUCACCUCGUCUGCCCCCCGUCUCUCGCCGUCUCGCCAUGGGUCCCAGCACCUGCUUGUGGCUGAUGUGGAUCCCUCUCAUCCUGCAGUGCGUGGGAGCGGCGUCGCUGGGAGAGAUGGGGCCGGACUCCCCCGCGGGCUGCGAGGGCGUCUAUCGCGGCAUGGGCGCGUGCCUCCUCCGCUUCGGGGACCAGGUCAACCGGCUGUUCGAGCAUGGCGUGAAGACGUGGCCCGGGGAGCGCAGCGUCUGCACCUACUGGGAUGAGUACCACGAGUGCAAGGCGGAGGUGCUCACCGACUGCCCGCCGGAUGCUGCGCGGAAGCUCAUGUUGCUCCAGCAGGAGCUGGACCGUAUCAACGGCCCCGGCGGCCUCUUCCAGCUGUGCCACGUGCCCGCCGCCAACGCCGGGGCCGCCGCGGCCACCGCGGCGUCGGCCGCCGCCGCGUCCGCCCGCCUCGUCCUCACCAUCGCCGCCGCCGUCGUCGUUGUCCUGAGCCGCGAGCGGUUGUGAGGGGACGGCGCCCCCCACUCCACCCUCCCCGGGCGCUUCUUCCUCACAGUUACACCGACUGACUUCACGCACAACGAGCGUGGCGUCAUUAGCUCCACGCCUGGCCCCGCUUGCCACCCCGAGCCGUGAUCAGAUGUUUUGUGAGGUACAAUUUGUUUCUGGCUCGCACGCCAAAUAGCCAGUGUAGAAAAAAAAAACAAUACCCGUACCCAUGUGGGUGGCAUCUCAAAGUUGCGAUUCGCAUGUGGCCGUUUUUCACUGUGGCGACCGUGAGUAUUAAGGACAACGUCGCUCGGUUGCCAUCUCGUCACUGGGGCGGAUCGCCCAAGAGGCUCCUUUCUCUACCUUUGUGGUCGACCCCACCAGGGCUGGCUCUCGCGAUAAUGGCAAGACCAAAGAAUGCGGGCCUGCCCCCCCCCCCCCUCUUGUUUGUGUUCAAUCGUCGAUGUUGAAAGCAGCUCUUAAAGCAAUGCCUGUAGAUGUGUCUAGGGGCCAUUCAACAUCGGGGAGCGCUGGGAUCAGAAUGUGCAGUUUGCCGCCCUCCCAACUGCCGAGCGUGCGGCAGCUGAAGCCGGCACUGUGUCUCGUGUCUCGCCGUUUAACACGCAUCAUGUAUUGAUGACAAGAGUGAGAUAGCGGCAUUGGCUCGUCGGUUGGCCAAUCACGAACUGCUCAUAUCUUUAUUAUCAUCAUCAUCUUUGUAACUAACUCAGAAAACCAUUGUACAAAAAUAUAUCACGCAAAAAAUUAGAUACCAAAACUUUGAUUUCGAAGUUUGUUUCAUCAACUUGCAAGUUAAAAAUUAAAAUGGUUUUACAUUUUUGGCCCAAAAUUAUGGAGUGCUCCAUAAUUUGCGGGCGGAAGAAGAAAAGACUAAACCUAAAAAAGCAGCUCUAAAGAAGUUUUCAAUUUAAAUCUAAAAGUGGUUUCCUAGUAAACAAUAGACCUACUGCUUCCUGAGAGAUAUAUCCGGAUUUGGUCUGCAAUGGGAAAGUUGGCAACUCGAGUCGUCGCCUAAUGCGAAUGUCAUCUCGUCCAGAAAUGUUUUGCAUAAAAUAUUUACUCAGUCGCACGGGUAAAAUUUGGGUGACAAUUUUCCCUGUGUCACCCUGUCGCACCCUGGCUCAUCUGUAAAGGUCAACAUGUCAGUACCGAUCGGAGUAUCUGGCUUUGGCCUUUGACCUCUCGUAAGCUUGUGCAGAUCCACUAUUUGACAUUUUUAUUGAUUGACCAAAGUGCUUUGCCCGCUUGGUUAUUCCAGGGGAAUUUAAUUCAACGCCGUUUAAAUUCAGCCAGCGGUGGCCGAGCAAAUGCCACAAAUCGCGCUUACAUUUGAGAACCCUGGGUAACCACGCAUGGCUCAAACUCGGAUUGUGGCCAGCCACUUCAGUCGCCUCCACUUGUCCGUGUAACUCCACGUGGCCCUUGUCUCCCUUAGCGAAAGAGGCACUAAAUCUCAACGGGCUCUUACCUGGAGAAAUACAGCGCGUAUAUUAAUAAUCAGCGCGUGGAUGUGGGGUGGGGGGAGGGGUUAACGAUAACAGCACAGCGUGCCGGGGGAAGGCGAAUUAACGAGGACUUUUCUCAUCCCAUUCCCACGCACAUUCCCUGCGCCCCCACAUUAAUCACCGUUAUUUACUUCCAACAUGCAGGUUACUUUUAAAUUAGUUACUUUUAUUAAUUAUAUAGGUGUGGGUGUUUUUUUUUUUCCAAACAGCAUUACUUGAGGUGCCCUCCUUAAUGGAGUGGACCUGCAAAUGGGUGCUGGGUUCAAUUCUGGGUAAAGUCAGCCGAAUGAGAUUUCACCCCCCUCCUCACCCUCGCAUUUGUCACAAUUAAUUGUAGCGGUGGAUUGCGUUACAUUGUCAUAAUUAUGCAAAUGUAUUCAGUUUUUAAUUAACAAUUAGGCACUGCUCUUCGACAUGUUUGUGGGUUGAACCCCGCGUUGAUGUUCAGCGCAGUGUCCCUUGCUGCGCUCUGAACUCCCAGCACGUGGAGCGAAGGGAAGCUCCCAACGGCAGGUGGAGCGAAAUGUCGGACGUCGUGCCGUUUGCAGGUCCGGAGAGAGCCAUAUGGCAGCAGCAUAACCGCAAACAUCUUCAUGGUAGCUGACCACGUGAAUUAUAAUGUAGUUGCGUUAUGGGAAGCUUCAUCAUUGCAGAAUCCCUUUAGCCACGAGAGCACGUCUACCGGAGAGAUGGAUGAAGACCACCCCAUGCCGUGUCUCUAAAUCGCGGUCACGCGAAGCAACAAACCAUCUAGCUCCCGCACACGAGCCCACUUCAUCGUUCCAUCUCUGCGGUUGACGAGCUCUCAAACAUUUCUCUCCAUCACUAGUUUCGACCGCACAUAGCGCUUGUACUAAUUGAAGUGUAACACAUGUUUUUGUUCCUGGGUAGUAAGUGUUAUUUCCUAAUUGCGUAUGCCUCAAAAGGACUUAAAAUGGCUAUUAUUCCCCACAAACUUUGCUUUGUGACCAGGACAGUGAUACUCUGAAAUUUACCUAUUUUCCAGAACAUUCCAGAUAGAUUCAGCGCUGAGUAAACUUGGAGUAACUUUUAGAACAUUCUAGAGCUUUCCAGUAAUAUAAAUAGUAAUAUAAAUACAAGGGCCUUAAGCCCAACAGUUCAGUUUAGUUCUAGCUGCCUAAGUGGAUACAUAUCUGAAUUUUUUUGAGAUGGCAUCAAGAGGCUGCAAACAUCCGGCAGACGCAUUUUGCUAUGCGGCUAAUUUAUCAAGAC